AUGACACCAUCACACUACACUCAAAUCGUACUUGCUUCAAGGCCUGCUACUUCUGCCUUCAUCGAGGCGGACCACUUCCGUAAAGAAGUUGUGCCUUUCGAUCUCAAACCUCAAAAGGGCCAGGUGCUGAUACGAGUGCAAUACCUCUCUAUUGAUCCUGCUAUGCGCUUGUGGCUCAGCGAGACGGGAACACCUCUGACUCCAAUUCCAAUCGGGGGCGUCAUGCAUGCCAUCGGGGUUGGAGCUGUGAUUGCGUCCGGAGAGAAUACCUCCCUUGUUCCUGGCGAUUUAGUGAGCGGGAACCUCGGUAUGGCAGAAUAUACAAUCCAGGAUGCGAAUGCUGUCGAGAAGCUCGAGCCCCCUCCAAACAUGCAGGCCCUCGAUUAUAUUGGACUUCUGGCACAUAUUGGUCUCGCGGCUUACUUUGGUCUCGUUGAUAUUGCCCAGAUUAAGGCCGGAGAGACCCUGGUUGUAUCCGGCGCCGCAGGUGCUACUGGCUCCAUCGUAUGUCAGCUUGGCAAAGAGCGUGGGGCGAAGGUGAUUGGCAUAUCCGGGUCCACGAAGAAGUGCGAAUGGCUCGAGCAAGAGCUGGGCAUUGACAAGGCGCUCAAUUACAAGAGCCCCACGUUCAAGGAUGACUUCUCUAAGACGGUAGGAGCGCUAGACGUAUUCUAUGACAACGUAGGCGGAGAGGUUCUUGACCUGGCGUUGGCGAGCACGAAUCUGCACGCCCGCAUCAUUAUCUGCGGAAACCUUUCCCAAUACAACACGGAGAAGCAGUAUCCUCUACGGAACUAUUCCCAGUUACUAAGCAAACGCGCCACGAUGCGAGGGUUUAUCGUAUUUGACUAUACUUCUCGCUAUGAGGAAGGCCGCGAGUACCUCGCUGAGCUCGUUACGAAGGGAGCUGUCAAACAACGAUACCACGUUCUUAACGGUUUGGAUAUUGCCCCUGGGGCAAUUGGGAUGCUCUUUCGCGGAGAGAACGAGGGGAAACUGGUGGUGAAGGUCUCUGACUAA